UUUCUGAUAGGAUUAAUUGGAAGAUUUUAUAGUUGGAAAAAUAUGCAGGCAUUUCAGGGAAUUCCGAGCAGAAUUACAAUUGGCACGAUUUUAACAAGAGUACCUUGUAAAAGUCUAACAAGAAAUUUCUCACAAGUAACCGAUGAUACCGGGAAAAAUCCAAAAUCAAAACUUCCUGAUCCUGAAGCGAAUAAAAUUAAUCCAGAAUCGGAACGGAUGAAGAAAUUCCACGAAAAGCUAAAACUACAACCCCUACAAAGACUUUCUCCUGGGAUGCGUUACGUUGAUCUUCUGCUGGUGGAAACUGAUCCCAAGAGUGGAGAACUGGUUGCGAACACUGAAAAGGAUCCCACGAAAUGGGGUGAUUGGCAAAAUGGAGGAAGAGUCAGCGAUUUUUGAUAACACGACGUAACAUAAAGUAAUCUCAAAGAUAUUCGACGUAUCGCCUUCAUUCGAAGAUACAAAUGCAUAUUCAAAGUACAAGUCAAAAUAACAAUCUCGUUGAAUCUUUCAAUCGGGGAUAAUCAGUAGCACCGCAUCGGACAACUCUUGGCGUCGUGAUUUAAAAGAAAAAAAAA